AUGGAAUCGGUUGGCGGUGGAGGCGGUGAUAUGUUUGAUCUUUUCGAUUUGGAUAACGAUAACGAUAUCGAUUUCGAAACUGCUUACAAGAUGAUUAGUAAUUUUGAUGACGUUGCAUCAAGUGGUGAACAUGAUGAGUUACUGCCGAGGCUGGGAUUUGGGGAUUUGACAGAUGUUGAAACGCAAUUUGGACUGAACAACAACAGGGAAGACCAGGACGAACAACAACAGCAUCACCAGCAGCACGAACAGUGGUCUCUGCAGCCGCAUCACGAACAAUGGCCUCUACAGUUGCACCCACAACCAUCACAUGCACAACAGCUGCAGAAUUAUCAAGACUUUCCUCUCAAACAGCAGCGUCAACAGCAGCAAUCAGAUUCGCUGGAACGGAAUGCAGAAACUGUGAAUGGCGGUGAGUUUGCACAGCACGAAACUGGUACAAGGGAUGAUAGACCUCAGUUACUGAGUGCAUAUGAAUCAAAUGCAAUUGAGCAUUUCUUAGAUAGUCUAAUAUCACAUAACCACGCAAGGGAAAAAGAGGAACAAGAGUCGUUAAAGAGGGAUUUGCCGGCAAUUAGUACAGCAUAUAGACCACCAACGGUGGAGAUACCUGAAAUUACAAUUGGGGAUUCUGAUAUACCAGCUGAAAUACGAAAUGAUCCAAGCAAAGUGAAAAAAUGGAAACAUGUUGAAAUUGAAAGGAUUCGACGAAACCAAAUUAAAAAGACAUUUGAUGAGUUAAUUGGUAUGACUAGAUAUCCAAGAGGAAGUGGUAAUAACAAGAUUGUUAAGCCUAAAGGUGAUAAAAGGGUACCCAAGCAUACUUUAUUAAGUUACGUCGUCGAGGAUAUUAGGUCAAUCAUACAAGCAAAUGAAAAGUUGGAAACUAUGUUAAGAGACAUAACCAAUAUUAAAAAAGAAGACGUUAGUAUCUAA